AUGAUGCCCCAGCCGCAGCCCGGCGUCGCCCCGCCGCAGUGGGGCGCCAUCCCACCGCCCAUGCCGCCGCACCAGCUCUGCGCGCCGGCGCCCCCGCUCCUGCCCCCGCAGAUGUGGGGCCAGCCGCUGCCGCCCCAGCAGGCCGCGUACUACGGCCGGCCGGCUGCCCCGACGCAGGCGCCCGCUGGGCCCAACGAGGUCAGGACACUCUGGAUAGGGGACCUGCAGUACUGGAUGGACGAGAACUACGUCUACAAUUGCUUCGCGAGCACCGGCGAGGUGCAAUCUGUGAAGCUGAUUCGUGACAAGCAGACUGGACAACUUCAAGGUUAUGGCUUCAUUGAAUUCACAAGCCAUGCUGGCGCUGAAAGAGUUCUUCAGACAUUCAACGGGGCAAUGAUGCCAAAUGUUGAGAUGGCAUACAGAUUGAACUGGGCGACUGCUGGUGAAAAACGUGAUGAUGGCGCCGAUUACACAAUAUUUGUUGGUGAUUUGGCUGCUGAUGUCACAGACUACGUAUUGCAAGAGACAUUUAGGGUACAGUACCCCUCGGUUAAGGGUGCAAAAGUUGUAAUGGAUAAACUGACAAUGCGCCCAAAGGGCUAUGGCUUUGUGAAAUUUGGUGAUCCUACAGAGCAAACUCGUGCAAUGACUGAAAUGAAUGGGAUGCUCUGUUCUUCGAGGCCCAUGCGUAUUGGACCAGCUGCAAAUAAGCAAAAAGCAACUGGAGUUCAAGAGAAAGUACCAAGUUCUCAGGGGGUUCAGACUGACAAUGAUCCUAGCAAUUCCACUAUAUUUGUUGGUGGCCUUGACCCCAACGCCACUGAGGAUGUGUUAAAACAACUUUUCACUCCAUAUGGAGAAGUCGUCCAUGUUAAGAUACCUGUUGGCAAAAGAUGUGGUUUUGUUCAAUAUGCUAGCAGAUCCUCUGCAGAGUAA